CCCUGCGGCCGCCGGAGCAGCUCCCGCGGCGGAGCCGGAGCCGGAUGGUCAGAGGAGCCCGGCAGCAGCAGCAGCCGCGGAGUCGCCUGGUCCCCAGACUGAGUGGCACAGUGGAGAAACCACCUCGAAAACGGAAAAGCAGGACUGAAUUUGCUCUUGAAAUCAUGUCCUCUGGAGGUGCUGAAGAUGACAUCCCGCAGGGAGAAAGGAAAACAGUUACAGAUUUUUGUUAUCUCCUGGAUAAAUCUAAACAGCUAUUCAAUGGGCUAAGAGAUUUGCCACAAUAUGGACAGAAGCAAUGGCAGUCCUAUUUUGGAAGAACUUUUGACGUUUAUACCAAACUCUGGAAAUUCCAGCAGCAGCAUCGGCAAGUCCUGGAUAAUCGGUAUGGCUUGAAGCGGUGGCAAAUAGGGGAAAUUGCUUCCAAGAUUGGGCAGCUGUACUACCAUUAUUACCUGCGCACAUCUGAGACCAGCUAUCUGAAUGAGGCCUUUUCCUUUUAUUCUGCAAUCAGACAGAGAUCGUAUUAUUCUCAAGUCAAUAAAGAAGACAGGCCUGAAUUGGUAGUUAAGAAGCUACGAUACUAUGCAAGAUUUAUAGUAGUUUGUCUUCUUCUCAACAAAAUGGAUGUUGUGAAGGACCUGGUAAAGGAAUUAUCAGAUGAAAUUGAAGAUUAUACUCACCGCUUUAAUACUGAAGAUCAAGUGGAAUGGAACUUGGUGCUUCAAGAAGUGGCAGCUUUCAUUGAGGCGGACCCUGUUAUGGUAUUAAAUGAUGAUAAUACCAUUGUUAUCACAUCUAAUCGUCUUGCUGAAACAGGAGCCCCACUGCUGGAACAGGGCAUGAUUGUGGGUCAGCUGUCUCUGGCCGAUGCCCUCAUUAUUGGUAAUUGUAAUAAUCAGGUUAAGUUCAGUGAACUAACUGUUGACAUGUUUCGGAUGUUACAAGCUCUGGAAAGGGAGCCGAUGAAUUUAGCUUCCCAGAUGAAUAAACCAGGAAUGCAGGAAUCAGCUGACAAGCCAGCCAGGAGAGAAAAUCCCCACAAGUACCUGCUCUAUAAACCAACCUUCAGCCAACUUUACACAUUCUUAGCAGCAUCUUUUAAGGAGCUGCCUGCCAAUAGCGUGCUUCUGAUUUACCUGUCAGCCACUGGCGUUUUCCCCACAGGUCGUUCUGAUAGUGAAGGUCCUUAUGAUUUUGGAGGUGUACUUACUAAUAGUAACCGGGAUAUUAUAAAUGGAGAUGCCAUCCACAAACGUAAUCAGUCCCACAAGGAAAUGCACUGCCUUCAUCCUGGUGAUCUCUAUCCUUUCACAAGGAAGCCCCUGUUUAUCAUUGUGGAUUCGUCCAAUAGUAUUGCCUACAAGAAUUUCACAAACUUAUUUGGACAACCACUAGUCUGCUUGCUUUCUCCUACAGCAUAUCCAAAAGCUUUACAAGAUCAAACUCAGCGAGGUAGCCUCUUCACUCUCUUUUUGAACAACCCUCUAAUGGCCUUCCUAUUUGUCUCUGGAUUGUCAAGCAUGCGGAGAGGCCUGUGGGAAAAGUGUCAAGAGUAUCUUCGAAAAAUCAACCGAGAUAUUGCCCAGCUACUGACUCAUUCACGUUCAAUAGAUCAGGCAUUUCUUCAGUUUUUUGGAGAUGAAUUUCUUCGCUUGCUUCUCACGAGGUUUAUUUUUUGUUCAGCCACCAUGAGGAUGCACAAGAUUUUUCGGGAAACAAGAAAUUAUCCAGAAACAUAUCCACAGCUGCCAAGGGAUGAAACAGUGGAGAACCCUCAUCUCCAGAAGCACAUUUUGGAAUUAGCAGCCAUUCUGGAUGUUCGAAACGUGUUCCUCGAGAAUACCAUAGAUGACUAUUAAAACAAAAACCCUCUUGU